AUGACAGACAAGAAUGGGUGGUGGUUUGUCCGAAAGAAUGGAUUUCUUCUUCAUGCCGUCUUGAUUGUGGCUGCUUUUGUGGCGGUGAUUUAUAAUAUUCGAAUGUUACAUACUAGACGUGAGAUUGUGAAGAGUGAGAUUGUUGGGUUGUUUAAGAAGGAGUACAUUAAACAUAUGCUUCAUGAAGUGAAUCUGCAUGAAAAUGUCCCGCGUCUGGUGGUGGACAAAGACCUUUCAAUGUUACUGCCGCCUAAGAUGAAUUUUGGGUUGGGUAGUAGUGAUCGUGAUGAUAAUAAGUCGUUUGCUAAUGCUCCUAAGGAGUAUGACCUUUUAAUGGACCGAUUGUUACAUGAUAAGAUCAAAAAUCCGUUUUUAUUUGGAUUUCAAAAUCUUCCUAAUCAAACUAUUCAAGUAAUUGCUCAGACUUUCUUUAAAGAAGGAAGUGUGAAUACUUUGAAGGGUGAAGGAGUACUUCAGACUAAAAUAGAUAAGUUCUUUGCUGGUACUUUGCCUGAUGCUGCUUAUGCUUCAGUUUGUGAUGUAUUUGCGUUGCUGACUUUAAGAUUGGCUCCGCAGUAUGUUGCUGAUGAGACGAAUAUUAUGUGGAGUACGAAUCAGGGGGAUGUUUUGGAGAUUAGUUCAACUGAGUACUUGGUGAUUGUGGCCCUGGUUGGUGAGAUUGGGACGGCUACAUUAGGUAUUCGGGUUCCGGCAGCUGAGUUCAUUAAAGAACUAGGUGGUGACCCUGCCGUACUUAAGACUUCAGUCUUCUUGAAGGCUGUUAAUCAUCGCCAGACUCAUUUCCCUCUGCCGGCUUAA